UUAAAAAUGUUUCAUUUUUUCUUCUUCACGGCUUCGUUUGUGCUGCCACAUUUACCUCGGCGAUUCUUAAUCCAAAUCCUCUGCGCUCAGUAUCCCAGUUUGAAAAUAUCCAGAUUCUGAAGGAUAAUCCAUUAUUGGAAUUUUCUCGGUAGAAUUUUGAGCAUCAGGCAGAAAUUUGAGAAAACAAAUUCCUUCAGAUUUCCAAACUUUCUCCUCGAGUCUCGGAAUUUUAACCAAUCGCAAUUUGUUUAUUCGGGGGUUUAGUAUUCGCUUCUCUCUUCUCGUUGAAAUUCCGGAGAAUCUUCCGUUUUAAAGUGCGUUGCUCUUAGCUGAUCGAAGUCAAACCGGUAGCGAGAAGAGUAAACUAAGAAGAUGACAUUGACGAUACCAAGCGCACCAGGGAGCUCCGGGUACUUGGAUAUGUUCCCGGAGAGAAGGAUGUCGUAUUUUGGGAAUUCUUACAUUCUGGGUUUGACUGUCACUGCCGGAAUCGGUGGUCUUCUCUUCGGUUAUGACACAGGUGUAAUUUCCGGUGCCCUUUUGUACAUUAAGGAUGAUUUCGAAGUCGUUAAGCAGAGCAGUUUCUUACAGGAAACUAUUGUAAGUAUGGCAAUCGUUGGUGCUAUAAUCGGUGCUGCAUCAGGAGGUUGGAUCAAUGACUACUACGGACGUAAAAAGGCGACUAUGUUUGCUGAUGUUGUGUUUGCAGCUGGAGCAAUCGUUAUGGCUGCUGCGCCCGAUCCGUAUGUCUUAAUAUCGGGUCGUCUAUUGGUUGGUUUAGGAGUUGGUGUAGCUUCUGUGACUGCACCGGUUUAUAUAGCGGAAGCAUCUCCAUCGGAAGUGAGAGGUGGACUUGUGAGCACCAAUGUAUUGAUGAUAACUGGUGGACAGUUUCUUUCAUACCUCGUUAAUGCUGCUUUCACACAGGUUCCAGGAACAUGGAGAUGGAUGCUUGGGGUUUCAGGUGUUCCUGCUGUUGUUCAGUUUGGCCUAAUGAUUUUCAUGCCUGAAUCCCCUCGAUGGCUUUUCAUGAAGAAUCGUAAAUCUGAAGCCUUUCAAGUGCUUGUGAGAAUCUAUGACAUCUCUCGGUUAGAGGACGAGAUUGAUCAUCUUUCUGCUGCUGAAGAGGAAGAAAAGCUAAGGAAAAACGCUGUUAGCUACUUGGAUGUUUUUAAAUCCAAAGAAAUGAGACUCGCAUUUUUCGCCGGAGCAGGGCUUCAGGCAUUUCAACAAUUCACUGGUAUCAACACUGUUAUGUAUUACAGCCCAACGAUAGUCCAAAUGGCUGGAUUUCAUUCAAACCAGCUCGCUCUGUUACUUUCUCUCAUCAUUGCUGCUAUGAACGCUGCUGGAACAGUCGUUGGGAUAUACUUCAUCGAUCAUUGUGGACGGAGAAAGCUUGCUCUCUCAAGCUUAUGUGGUGUCAUUAUCUCUCUCAUAAUUCUCUCUGUCUCGUUCUUCAAACAAAGUGAUGCAUCAUCAUCUGAUGGGGGUCUCUAUGGUUGGCUCGCUGUGCUUGGUUUAGCUCUAUACAUUGCUUUCUUUGCACCGGGAAUGGGACCGGUCCCAUGGACUGUGAACUCGGAGAUAUACCCACAACAGUACCGAGGCAUAUGUGGAGGCAUGUCCGCAACAGUUAACUGGAUCAGCAAUUUGGUCGUGGCACAAACUUUCUUGUCGAUAGCGGAAGCUGCUGGCUCAGGAAUGGCUUUCUUGAUUUUGGCGGGAAUUGCGGUUCUUGCGGUUAUCUUUGUGAUUGUGUUUGUCCCUGAGACUCAGGGGCUAACGUUUUCGGAAGUUGAACAGAUAUGGAAAGAGAGAGCUUGGGGGAAUAACAGUGGUUGGGGCAGUAGCAGCGAUAGCAACAACAUGGAGGGGUUACUCGAGCAGGGAUCUCGAUCUCAAGAAUCUUGAGUGGUUUCAUGCUCGUGUAUUGUGAAUGCACAGAUUAAACCGGGGAAUUUGGUUCCGGUUUAGCAUGAUAUGAAUGUGAUGUUGGCAACUGUAAUGUGUUAGGAAUUGUGUGUUUGUAAAUAAACACAUUUAGGGUCCACUUUGGUUUCCAAUAUUUUUUUUUUUGUCUAUGUUCUGGAGAUUUUGCAAAUCCCUAUGGUGUCAUGUGUCUAUGAUCAAAACGGUGCGAUUGCCAUUAAAGACGAUGUGAGAAAAGUCGACAAGAGCAUUGAAUACAUGAUUGUUGAUUCA